CUAGAGGGCGCUCUGGGCAGCAGGAGACGUGGCGCACCCGCGGCUCGUGGACUCCGCGCGCUCCCAGCGCCGCGUCCCGCCCGGAUACCCUGCCGGCCUCGGAGUGGGGGCCCCACAUCCCCACGCUAGUCUCCCGACCCUGAAGGCCCUGCCUCGCGGCCCUCGGCCCGCAGUCGUCCCGCCGCCGCCGCCGGCCGCGCCCGCCGCGCUCCCGCCCGGAAGCGCGGACUUCCGCCGCACGGUUCCGCGGGUGUCCACGCCGCCAUGCCCUCUCUCGGGGACCUGCUGCGGGAAUGGGACCGGGGCGCGCAGGCCGUAGCGCGCGGGGACUGGGACUGUGCCCUGCGCCUCUUCUCGGGCUACCCGGAGCCGUCCGCCAGGAUGUGCUUCAACGUGGGCUGCGUGCACCUGUUGGCCGGGGACCCGGAGGCCGCGCUGCGGGCAUUUGACCAAGCAGUGACCAAGGACACUUGCAUGGCUGUGGGCUUCUUCCAGCGAGGAGUGGCCAGCUUCCAGCUGGAGAGGUUCCAGGAGGCCCUGUGUGACUUCCGUCUGGCCCUGGCACAGCUGAGGGAUAACACCGCCAUUGACUAUACACAGCUGGGCCUGCGGUUCAAGCUGCAUGCGUGGGAGGUGCUCUUCAACUUGGGGGCCGCACAGUGCCGCCUGGGUCUCUGGGCUGAAGCCACCCGCAGCCUAGAGGAAGCCCUCUCCAAGGGGUCAGAAGGGGCCCGAGACCACCUGUGCACUGCCCUGGACCAAGUGCAGAAACAGGUGCACCUGCAGCCUCGGCAGGGCCCCAGGGGUGAGGUCUUCCGGCCCCACAGGUGGCACCUGGAGCUCCUGGAACCAGUGGAUUUCCUGGGCAAGGCCAAGGUGGUAUCCUCUGCCUUCCCUGCCGACCGGCAGGAGGACAUCCAGCCUCAGCAGCCCCAGGUUCAGGGUGCAGAUGGCAGAGCCAGGCCUGGAGCCGCCCCACGGGCUGCAGUCACCGGGGCCUGGAAAACCCGCACCGCCUGUGGUCCCAGGAGGCCCCCCGAGACAGAGACACAGGUCGGCCCCGGGCAGGCGGGGCAGGCUGACCACCAUGCGCCCGUCCUCUACGAUGAACAGAGGCCCAGUGUGGAGCAAGUUGGCAAACAGGUUCCUCCAGGGCUGCGGGUGGCAGGGGAGCCAGACCCCGGCCCUUCUGAAGACCCCUCUCAUGCUGGGGGAGUGGCCGUGGGGGACCCUGAGUCCUUGGUGACCCUCAUAGUGCAGUGUGCCUUCACACUGGCCCUGAAGGUCCCAAGAGGAGCUGACCUGUCCAGCCUGCGGACCCUGCUGAGCCAGGCCCUCCCCGACCAGGCCCAGCACGGGCAGCUCAGUUACCAAGACCCCAGCAACAAGGGGCGCUGGGUCCCCCUUGCUAGGGAGGAGGUGCUACAGAGGGCCUGGCGGGACAAGGCGGCCAGCCCUGGGGUCCUGCGGCUCCAGUGCCGGGGAGCGGGCGGCCGGCCUGUCCUCUACCAGGUGGUGGCCCGGCACAGCUACUCUGCCCAGGGGCCUGAGGACCUGGACUUACAGCCGGGGGACAUCGUGGACGUCCUGUGUGAAGUGGACCCGGCCUGGUUGGAGGGCCACUGUGAUGGCCGCAUCGGCAUUUUCCCCAAGUGCUUCGUGGUCCCAGCUGGACAGUACAUGUGAGAAGCCCAACACCCCCACCUGGAGCCCCACAUACCCCAAGCCCAGUGAGGAAAUCAGCCCUAGGAAGUCCCGUGGCAAGAACGGUUUUAAUAAAGCAGUCUUCCCC